GCAGCGUCUAAGCGGUCGUGCGACUCGCGCUCAGCAUUUCAAUCCGGACCUGCGGGCUUUGAGCCGCAGCUCUCCUGCGCUGCAGAGGGCUCCCACAGCAGCCCAUCACAACUUUCCUUUGACUUCAUUACGCCUUCCUUUCAUAUAUAUAUAUAUUUUAUUUUUGAUUUUUUUUUUUUUUUAGUUUUAGCCAUUUGUCAUUCUCAUUUUUAUUUGCUUCGUUCAAUAGUCCGCCAUUGCUUUUAAUCUUGUUCAUCCUUGCGGACAUCUUAUUCAUUUUUGGAGCGCUCUGGCUUGUUCCGGUCUCCUGCCCAAACGGAAUACCUCAAGCCGCGUUUGCGUGCGCGCGUGCGGUGCUUCUGUCUCGCGCUUGCAAAGAGGGCUCGCGCGUUUGGAAUUGGUACCUGCUGUCCAUUUUCGCCGUCGAGUAACCGGGGGAUUAACUUCAUGUCUCCACGGACAUCCCCCGUGGCGACACGGGUCGCCUUUCUCUGAGGAAUGUACUUUUGUCUCCCACGACCGCUCGAGCGGAGACUUGUCCAUCCAGCCUCCGUUUAUCUGUACUGAAUGAGAAACGGUCGUGCGCGCUUGCUCUCUCCGCCUCUCGCACCGAAUACGAGAGGAGACUGGGAUCAGUGUGCGGGAGAAGCGCGCUUGCAGUCCGCCCGUCGCCGGACUAAUCCAGGAGCAGGUCGUUACAGCGGAAUGGUCUACUCAUCGCUGGGUCCUGUCCAGCGCUCUCGGGGCUUGCUGGUUUUUUUUUGCUGAACCGGGAUACCGAAUUCGGAUUGUCCGUGGCACUCCUCAGGGCGUUUUCUCGUCUUUUUCCCCGUGAGGUUUCUAGUGAAACGGAUUUGGACCUUAACGGACACAACAACAAUGGGGGAAUCGCUGUGGAGAUAUUACUUUAGUGUUUUGGUUAUCGCGUGCAAGGUGAACCUGUCCCGCGCGAUUAUUAUGGAGUCCAUCUACUGGAACACAACAAAUACCAAGUUUGUACCAGGUCAAGGUUUAAUACUCUACCCUCAAAUUGGGGACAAAAUGGACAUUGUGUGUCCGCGUGUGGAGGGGGGCUCGAUGGAUGGCGUGGAGUACUACAAACUCUACAUGGUUCCUCGUGACCAGCUGGACACUUGCACCGUCACAAAGGCGGACACGCCUCUCCUCAACUGUGUUAAGCCUGACCAGGACGUCAAAUUCACCCUCAAGUUCCAGGAGUUCAGUCCCAACCUCUGGGGCCUGGAGUUCUUCAGAGGCAAAGACUACUACAUCAUCUCAACAUCUAAUGGCACGAUGGAAGGCUUGGAGAAUCAGGACGGAGGGGUGUGUAAAACGAAGUCCAUGAAAAUCGUCAUGAAGGUUGGACAGAGCCCAUCUGACCCGGUUCUGCCUAAAGACUACCCGACCCGACACCCUCCUAAGCAUUUAGACCCAGGCAAGGACACCAAAUCCAACGAAGUUCUCGACAAGCCAGGGGCGUCGCACCGCGAGGGCGAGACAGGUGAAGGGGGCGGCUCGGGAGGCGGCACAGGAGGCGGCGGCGGCAAGUCGUCGUCCGUGAUUGGCUCAGAGGUCGCGCUGUUCGCCGGCAUCGCUUCGGCCAGCGUCAUCGUCGUGGUGGUCAUCGUCAUGCUGGUGGUCCUGCUGCUGAAGUACCGGCGGCGCCACCACAAGCACUCGCCGCAGCACGCCACCACGCUGUCACUCAGCACCCUGGCCACGCCCAAGAGGGGCGGGGCAGGAGGCAACAACAACGGCUCCGAGCCCAGUGACAUCAUCAUCCCGCUGAGGACUGCCGACAGCGUCUUCUGCCCGCACUACGAGAAGGUGAGCGGCGAUUAUGGGCACCCUGUCUACAUCGUGCAGGAGAUGCCUCCACAGAGCCCCGCCAACAUCUACUACAAAGUGUGAGGAGCGUUGAAGGACUGACUUUGACCUUUGACCCCCCCCC